CUUCAACAACCCCACCGCCCGCCUGUCAUUGCGUCGUGUGUCGCAAUACCUCCCACCCUCAAACCACCUGAUCUGAAUCCCUCAACAAGAGCAUCCUUAGGUUUUCCCUUGCAACGAGACGAGGCGACAGCGAAUUCACACUCAGCUAGGUCUUCCUAGGUGUGGCCUUUCUCUGCGCGCCACACAUCGCCCCGCCUCACUGUGCCCCAUCCUCAGAGAGAGAAGUGUCACCCUAGGUCUAGUAUAUAGAAACGAGAAGAGGAAGGGAAAGAAAAAGGACUGCGAUUCACCGCGCUCUUCGACACCCACGACUCCUAAGGGAUCCUGCUUUCCACUCAAAUUCCCACCUCCUCAUUGGAUACCCAUAUCUUGACGCGCACACACUUCUCUGUCUCUCUCUUUCUCUCUUCUUUCUUCUUGUUCUCCUCCUUCCCUCAUAUGAGCAUGACUCUAGGUCUGGCAAGAUAGCCCGCACCUGGCGAGUCCACAUCUCUACUCUGCCAAGAUGAGCGCCAGCCUACCAAUCCGUUCACCAACGACGCAGUCCGUGAGCCAGAGGAACAAGGAGAGCAGGAAUUACUUCACCGGUCAAGGAGUGUCUUCGUCCACUGAGGCUAUCAAUGGGCCCGUUAGGGCACCCGUGAGGGACUUUGCGCCCGUUGCGGACAGGCUGAUUGUCGGCGUCGAUUUUGGUACUACCUUCUCAGGUGUCGCCGCGGUUUACACGUCUACGCCAGAUGACAUAGAGAUCAUCAAGACAUGGCCGGGCGGCAACGGUAUCACCUCGGACAAGGUGCCUACAGAGAUCUCCUACGACAUCCCCGCCGACAGCCCACCAGGCACCGAGCCUACGGUGAGAUGGGGCUUUCAGUUCAAGCCCGAGGAGUCGCGCCUGCGGUGUAUCAAGCUGUUUCUCGACCGGUCGCAGAAGCUGCCCUUUUAUGUGAGCCCGCUCGAGACGGCGGCCCAGCUCAAGCGUUUCAACAAGACGGUCGUCGACGCCGUGUCGGACUACCUGACCCAGAUCCACAGGCACACCAUGGACACGCUGACAAGGCGGUACGGCGAGUCGUUCAUGGAGAGCACCAGGGUCGAUUUCGUCCUGACGUGCCCAGCCGUGUGGUCUGAUGCCGCCAAGAACACGACGCUGCAGGCUGCCGAGAGGGCGGGCAUGGGCGACAAGUCAUCCAUCCAGAUGAUCAGCGAGCCCGAGGCCGCCGCUGUGUAUACCCUCAAGGCCAUACAGCCCAACCACCUGAACGUGGGGGACAACUUCAUCGUGUGCGACGGCGGUGGCGGCACCGUAGAUCUCAUCGCAUACAAGAUCAUUUCUCUGAAGCCACUCAAGGUGGAAGAGUCGGCUGUAGGGACUGGUGGGCUCUGCGGCAGUGCUUUUGUGAACUACAGGUUUGAGGAGCACAUCAAGAAUCGGCUUGGCAAGAGCAGGUUCGACGAGAUGAAGGUGAAGAAAAAUAAGACGUGGCAGAUGGGACUAAAAUAUUUUGAGGAAUUUGUCAAGAGGAACUUUAACGAGGAUGAGCACCAGGAAAUCAAUGUUCCUUUCCCAGGCCUUCCAGACGACGAAGAAGCCGGCCUCGACUCGGGCUUCCUCGUCAUGACCGCAGCUCAGGUCAAGGAUAUCUUUGAGCCGGUGGUCAAGGAAGUCUGUGACCUCGUGCAGGGACAAGUGGAAGGGCUGCGCUCCAAGGGCGGCAUCGUCUCGGGCAUCAUCCUCGUCGGCGGGUUCGGGCAGUCCGAUUACCUGUAUCGCCGCCUCAAAUCCCACUUCACCAGCGCUGCCCCGCCCCCUUAUAGCGAGAGACCGACGCACGCCCUCAGCGUCGGCUGUGUAGGCGAGGGCGGGAAUAUUGAAGUCAUGCAGCCUGUGUAUGCGUGGACAGCGGUUGUACGCGGCGCGGUGUUGCGAGGGCUGGAAGGAAAUAUGGUCAUCUCACGGAAGGCGAGGAUGCACUACGGCACGAGCUACGCCACUGUCUUCGACGAAGAGAAACACAGCGUCAGCGAGAGGUAUUGGAGCCCGCUGUGGGAGCGGUGGAUGGUCUCGGAUCGUAUGCAAUGGCAUAUCGCAAAGGGCGAUGCAUUAUCACCACUUACGCCCAUCGCGUUCCACUACACGAGGAAUUUCAGACCGGGCCAGUCUCUAGUGGUUACGGACGACCUCAUCGCCUGCGAGGCGGAUGAACCCCCGGCUGCAUACACGCGGGAGCUGGUGCACGUAUGCAAGCUGACGACGGACCUGAAUGCCGUGCCGCGGAGCCUGUUCACGCGACUGACCACAACGAGGGGGGUGGAGUUCGAUAACCUUGACUUUACGCUGGAGAUGAUCGUGGACAGCGCUGGCCUGGGGUUCGAGCUCAAGGUGGAUGGGGUCAGUUAUGGACGGGUCGACGCUGAUUUUCAGUAAAUGACACAGAGGGAGGAGGGUGGUACUAUCUAUCUGCCACACUGGAUGGGUCAGUGGCUUUUAUUGCAGAGAUGUGGAGGGGGCAGAUGUGUUGUACCAGCAUUUCAAGGCGCAAGAUUGGGAAUCUUGUUCUUUUUGUCUCUGUUUCUAAUUUUUAAGUGACGGCAAUAACGAAGCCGGUUCAUUGUUCCCAG